AUGCCUCGCAGGCGUCAGAGACAUAUGGCAGGGAGUGGUUCCGAUGCAACUGAAGAUUCGGACUCCUCUGCUGAAAGAGAGCAAACCAACAGUUCAGAAAGUGAUGGAAACAGGACCAAGAGACAGCGUCUCACCAGAGCCUCCACUCGCCUGAGCCAGAGUUCUCACGAUACGGCUGACUUGAAGCAGGCAGCAGACCAAGACGAAUCCCCACCACUUACCCCUACAGGAAAUGCGCCAUCAUCUGAAUCUGAGCUGGACAUCUCCAGCCCGAAUGCCUCGCAUGAUGAGAGCCAGGUCAAAGAUCAGGUCAAUAGAGACUCUGAUAAGGACCUCUCCCAUCGACCCAAACGUCGUCGGUGCCACGAGACGUACAACUUUAACAUGAAAUGCCCGACACCUGGUUGCAAUUCACUUGGUCAUCUCACGGGAAAACACGAACGCCACUUUGCUGUGUCAGGGUGCCCUCUGUAUCACAAUCUUUCUGCAGAUGAAUGCAAGGUAAAAGCUGUCAGCCGUGAGAAGCAAGACGAGGAAAUGAAGGGACAAGAGGAGAGCAAUUCUCGCCAUGCAACACGUCAUCAAACUCCUACGUCAAAGCAGAGCAGAUACAAAGAGCAAGUAGCUGAAAUGAGAAAGGGGAGAAACUCAGGCUUGCAGAAGGAGCAGAAAGAAAAACACAUGGAACAUCGACAAACACAUGGCAACACCAGGGAGCCUCUGCUGGAGAACAUCACUAGUGAUUAUGACUUGGAGCUUUUCAGGAAAGCUCAGGCCCGUGCCUCUGAAGACCUGGAGAAGCUUCGCAUUCAGGGUCAGAUCACCGAAGGCAGCAACAUGAUUAAAACCAUCUUGUUUGGCCGCUACGAGCUGGACACUUGGUAUCACUCGCCCUAUCCCGAGGAGUACGCUCGCUUAGGUCGCCUUUACGUGUGUGAAUUCUGCCUAAAGUAUAUGAAAAGCCAGACCAUCCUUAGGCGACACAUGGCAAAAUGUGUGUGGAAACAUCCUCCAGGUGACGAAGUGUAUAGAAAAGGUUCUAUAUCUGUUUUUGAAGUUGACGGCAAGAAAAAUAAGAUCUACUGCCAGAAUUUGUGUUUACUUGCCAAACUCUUCCUUGACCACAAAACACUCUAUUACGACGUGGAGCCUUUUCUCUUUUAUGUCAUGACUGAGGCCGACAACACAGGCUGCCAUUUAGUGGGAUACUUUUCCAAGGAGAAGAAUUCAUUCCUCAACUACAAUGUUUCCUGCAUUCUGACCAUGCCUCAAUACAUGAGACAGGGUUUUGGCAAGAUGCUUAUUGACUUCAGCUACUUGCUGUCUAAAGUGGAGGAGAAGGUAGGUUCGCCAGAGAGGCCUUUGUCGGACCUCGGCCUUAUCAGCUACCGCAGCUACUGGAAGGAAGUGUUACUCCGAUACAUGCACAACUUCCAGGGAAAGGAGAUCUCUAUCAAAGAGAUUAGUCAGGAAACUGCCGUCAAUCCCGUGGAUAUCGUGAGCACGCUACAGUCACUUCAGAUGCUCAAAUACUGGAAGGGGAAGCACUUGGUAUUGAAGCGUCAGGACUUGAUUGAUGAGUGGAAAGCAAAGGAAGUCAAGAGAGGCAAUGGUAACAAAACCAUUGACCCCAGCUCACUGAAAUGGACCCCUCCCAAGGGGACAUAA